GUUGCUGUUCAGAAAUGAGUAGAACGACGCCUGCAAUUGCAAAAAUGGCACCAGACUGCGGAUCAAUCUGUAUCAGCCCAGCUCUUCCGACGUUCCCACGGCGAUCCCCUCAUAAUUUUUCAAACGGUGCGACUUCAUCGCGAAAACUUUCUAACUAUGGUUCGAAUCUUCGAAAUGAAAAUGUUAAACUACAAAAACAAAUAAUUAUGAAUCAGGAAACUUUAUCUGGAUUCUCAAUUUCGAUUUUUUUUGCUCGCGGGCAAAAAAUUAUCGGCUUCUUCAAACACUACACUUUCUCCCUCCUUUCAACCGAGCUUUAUUGUCCUCCUACACAACGAAUUUCUAAAAAAAUGGCACCCACUGUGAAAAAGUUGAUCAAUCCGGCUGCCCCCGCAGCUGCGGAAAUGGACAUGCAAGGGGACAUCAAGAACCCGAUGACCAAUGCCGCCGAAGAUGUUGAUCCUACCACCACCACCAAGCCCCGCGUUCUAAUCACCGGUGUGACGGGUUUUAUCGGAGCCCAUUGCGCCCAGCAGUUAUAUUUGACGAAAAAGUACCAGAUUGUCGGCACUAUCCGGGCAGAACAAUGGAACAAAGACUGUGACCGUCUGGUGAAUGAGGUCGCGCCGGAUGGAAGCCUAGAGCUCAUCGGCGGCCUGGACUUGGUCGCUUCGAGCCUCGAGGAUUGGCGGGAGGCUGUGAAGGGGUGCCAAUAUGUGUUGCACGUGGCGUCGCCGUACUUUGCGCAGGAGAAAGCCGUGGAUCCGGAGAAGGAGUUAAUUCUACCCGCGGUUGAGGGCACUCGAAAGGUUUUGGAGGCGUGUUGUUGUGAAAACGUCGAGCAUUGCGUCGUGACCAGCUCCGUGGCCGCCGUGAUUGCCGGCCACGACAUUCAGCGGGAUUUUGUAAACGCCGGGGUUGCCAUAAACGCGAGCAAGCACUGGACCAAGGAAGCAGAACUGGAAUCCAUCAGCAAAAAGCGUUUCGCGUACCCGCUGGGGAAAACGAAAGCCGAGAAAAUUGCGUGGGACUACUACAAAAAGAAAAGUAAAAACAACCUGAAAAUCUCGACCAUUUGCCCGGCCGGCGUGUUCGGGCCACUGCUGUUGCCGAAGGCCUGCGAGUCGACGGCGCUGUUAGAGCAGUUCUCGAAAGCACCGCUCGCGCCCCCCAUCGGAGUGCAGAUUGUCGACGUGCGGGAUGUCGCGCGCAUGCACGUGGCCGCUAUUGAGAACAGCGAAGAGGCGGCUGGGCACCGGUUUUUAGCGUGCAACGGCGGCGUCAACGCGGUCGAGUUUAUUCAGUUGGCCAAUGCGGUGUUGAGCAACGGAGGACGUAGCGGAGGUCGUAGUGGAAAUAAUGAUAAACAAGCAUCAUCUACUUCAACUUCUAUCUUCCCCACCACCCGCCCGUGGUUCCGGAUUCCGGCGGGAUUACUCCGGUUUCUGCGCGACUACUUGAAGAUUGAGGCUGUGGCGGACAUGCUGCAUUUGCAGGGCUUUGACGAGGUCGAGGUGGACAUGGGGAACGUGGCGAAGGUGUUGAAAAUGGAACAAAAAGACUUCCGGGACAAAAAGAAAGCUAUUGUGGAUAUGGCCAUUUCCAUGCAGGAGUGGAAAAUGGUCUGAAAUGGAAGAUAGAGUGAGGAGUUGUGCUCCUCCUGCCUCGAAGAUGUCAUCGUUUGGAAAGAUGACCUUUAUUCUCUUCUGUAUGUCAACAUGUAUGAUUUUUUGUUUUUGGUUAUUUUUCCACCUGUCAUGGAUGAACUUCACGAUCUUGAUCUUCACGACGUUCUCUAGUAAGUACCUAUUGGACAGAUGUUGGUGUUUUGACGAGUUGACUCAUGUCUGUUGGAGCCUCUUCACUUGUGGGCGCCGGACUUCGUUUUGCUUUCUACUAGCACAACACCGGGCAUGAUGCUUCUUCAUCAACGCCAGCAGAUAAUUUUAAGCUUUAUAGUUUUCUCAAACUUCCCAAAGCCCGCAUGACAUUUAUUUUGAGCUCUGACUUUUUCCAACACCUGUAUGAUAUGAUUUUGAACUUCUUUCUCUUCGAGCUCUGAAGCCUAUUGGUCAACACGAGCUCGCCUGUCAACCGGUGUAGCGUGCUACACUCGAUGAAAUCGCAAUCGGAGCAAGACCCUAAUAAACCUCACACACGAGCACGCCCCACUUCCAAAUUCUUUGUAUGAUUUAUUGGCAAGCAGGCACAACACCCAAUUGUUUUACUGAAAAAACCAUAUACUGUUGUAACAAAUGUUGAAUUUGAAGACUGAAAGCACAAAGGGCAUGAGAAGCCCAUGACAUAACUGAUUGGACUCGGGUUCGGGUAAAAAUUUUCGUGUGUCUGUUGGUUUCCAGGUGGUACUCAUGAUAUUCAUGACUUCUCUGGUGUAGUGACGAGGAGCAGAUGCGCUCAACAUUGCUUAAUAUUGUCUUGUGCAACUUCAAGCCGCACCAU